ACGCUAGUACUCAGCUGUCAGAAAAGCCCAGACCCCAUCGUCACACUCGCAUGUUGAGUUCCAAGGCGGAGCAGCAUAGAAUCGACAUGGGGGUCAGCUGUGUGGCUGGGCAUCGGCUGCCCGAUCUCUGGAAUAUAUACAUGCGCUCUGUUGGCUUCCUUGGGUGCCGCUCACUUUCCGCCCAUCUACUCUUCGCUCUUGCCCCUCUUGCGGUUGCGAAGCCUCUUGCACUCCCUCGUGGUGCGCUUCGUCCCGCCCUCGAUCCAACCCCACGUUGAUCGUCCCACGAAUCACAUCGCGAUCGCAAUCGAAGCUUCCCACUUUUUGAGGCUUCGCCAUUACCGCGUCUCAUACCGGGAGUGAAGGCGCCAUGUGUCUCGUCAAAGUCAAGCAGGAAGAGGACCAUGUAGUCCCGUACCGCGUCGUCCAGCGGAACCGCUCUCCGCCCCGUCGCCGCGCCUCACGUCAAUCGCGCGACAUUGAGCGCCGUUAUUCGCGCACCGAAAUAGUGCACGACUCUUCUCCUAGGCCUUCAGCAUCCUACGUUGCGGUGCCCUCACCCAAGCCUCUCCAGAUCCCCGCACCACAGCCUGUGCCUAUGUUUGUGCAGCCUCCACCACCCCCGGCGCCCAUGCCGGCUCCACCUCCACCGCCUAGCCACAUCUCGUCUCACCAUACCCAGGCCCAUUCUCACCACGGCGGCGCACACUAUGUCGAAGUUUCUCCACGAUCCAGCAUGAGCUCUCGCUCCUCUAGCCCUGGCCGCAGCGAGUAUGUGUACACUGAGCGUGAGGUUAGGCGCGAACGCGAGCGCAACUACAGUCCGGAGAACCCUCGCUACGAGCACUACAGAUAUGUGGAGCCUGCAUCGAGCGAGAGCGAUCACUACGAGAGAUACCAAAGGCGGGACAGGAGCAGACAACGCAGUCGCAGCCGUGGCGGCUACGAAGAGACUAAUACCAGGGUUGCGUACAGCAGGCGGUGACCGUCUGCAUACGAGUAGAGAAAUGUGUCAUGUUUGCAGGGACUGUUAUUCUGAUAGCGUACGGUUCGUCUCGUGUCCUCAAUUUAAUCUCGAAGGAUUUUUAGCAUCCGUCAAUAGCUGUGGUGUGGUCGCCUAUAGUUUUUUCAUUUCCAUAUUUAAUUUAGCAUUUCGCAUUCCGCUGGCCAAAUGCUCGGUGGCUAUGAGGUCAUUCGUGAUGUUGAGCAACAGCGUACACGUCCGCGCCGCACUUGCCGAGAUGUCGAGAACAAGGUCCACAUGUUUAG